UAUACAAACUGAGCAUGGCUUCAUAUGUCACGGAACAGAUUCUUACUUACAGAUUUGGACAUGCACCAAGUCGAAACUUUUGGGUGAUUAUCUCUUCCCGAGUGGUCAUCAUGACUGAAUAAGACGAUCCUAUUGCGCACCCGGUCUGAGUGAGAACCUCUGGACAUUAUGCCAGCUGAAGAGGUCUGUGACCGUGUUUCCGUAGAGGAUGAUUCAAAGACGGGGCCAGAUAUUCCCUUCCUUUUGGAAGUGCGUGAGAAAGACAAGGAGCCCUGGAAGUCAGUGUUGAAAAGGAAGGUGGUGAAAAAGUGUUCCUGCAGUGCAACUUGUGCCAAAUCCCUGCUUGUAGAUUCCCUUCCAAUUCUGAAGUGGCUGCCACGCUAUCACUUCAAAGACUGGAUCAUUGGGGAUGCCAUGUCAGGUCUAAUUGUGGGUAUCCUGUUGGUUCCCCAGUCCAUCGCCUAUUCUUUACUGGCAGAACAAGACCCUAUUUAUGGAAUCUAUACAUCUUUCUUUGCCAGCAUUAUCUACACCCUGCUAGGCACCUCCAAGCACAUCUCAGUGGGGAUGUUUGGGGUAUUGUGUUUGCUGGUGGGGCAGGUGGUAGACAGGGAGCUUACUCUGGCUGGCUACCCCUCAGAAACCAAUCAGACUGCUCUGGGGAACAUCGACAACAGCACUGUUCCGAUCUGUGACCGAAGCUGCUAUGCAAUCAUGGUGGGAGCAACACUAACUUUUACAGCAGGGGUCUACCAGGUGUUGAUGGGUCUCCUACAAGUUGGAUUUGUCUCAGUUUACCUCUCUGACUCUCUGUUGAGUGGUUUCGCUACUGGUGCCUCUCUCACCAUCCUAACAUCCCAAAUCAAGUACUUUCUGGGGCUUCACCUUCCUCGUGUCCAAGGCUGGGGCUCGCUUAUAAAAACCUGGAUAAGUCUGCUGAAGAAUCUGGGCCAUACCAACAUAUGUGACCUCAUAACCAGUAUUCUCUGCUUUCUUGUACUUGUACCCACCAAGGAGCUUAACAACCGUCUCAAGACAAAGCUCAAGGCCCCUAUUCCCUUUGAGCUCUUUGUGGUCAUUGCUGCUACUCUGGCUUCCCACUUUGGCCAUUUCAAUGAAAAAUAUGGCUCAGAUGUAGCUGGGGACAUUCCAACAGGCUUCAUGCCACCACAACUACCAAACUGGUCUCUUAUACCCAAUAUCGCAGUUGAUGCCUUCUCAAUAGCUAUUGUUGGUUUUGCCAUUACAGUGUCUUUAUCUGAGAUGUUUGCUAAGAAGCAUGGUUAUGUGGUGGACCCUAACCAGGAGAUGUAUGCCCUUGGGUUCUGCAAUAUCAUUCCAUCAUUUUUCCGUUGUUUCACGACCAGUGCCGCCUUGACCAAGACUCUUGUGAAGGAGUCAACUGGUUGCCAGACUCAGCUCUCUGGGUUGGUGACUGCUCUAGUGCUGCUGCUUGUCCUACUUGUUAUUGCCCCACUUUUCUACUCAUUGCAGAAAUGUGUAUUGGCUGUCAUCAUUGUCGUCAACCUCCGUGGUGCACUGUGGAAGUUUGCAGACAUUCCGAAAAUGUGGCAUGUGAACCAUAUUGACACUAUCAUCUGGCUGGUAACCAUGGCUACCUCAGCAUUGGUGAACACAGAGCUAGGCCUGCUCGUUGGAGUUUUGGUGUCAGCAUUCUGUGUGCUAGGCCAAACUCAGUGUGUCCAGGUCCUCCAGCUUGGCCAAGCAGGGGACCGCGAGAUCUUUGAAGACAUUGCAUCAUACAAGGGCCUUCAAACCCAUCCAGGGGUAGCUGUUUUCCGCUAUGAGGCUCCCAUCUACUACGCCAACCAAGCUCUAUUCAAGAAGUCACUGUACCGCAAUGUGGGCCUGGAUCCACUCAAAGAGAAGGCCAGGCGCAAGAAACUGAUGAAGCAGCAGCAGCAGGGUGGAGAAGAGAAUAAGCAAGAGAUGGAAGUGUCCACCAAUGUGUUUCUGCUACAGCAUACCACCGUCCAUACGCUGGUCGUAGACUGCAGUCCAGUGCUGUUUCUGGACACUGCAGGAGUCAAUGCUUUGAAAGAAGUAUACAAGGACUACAAAGAGUUGGGAGUGUGUGUACUUUUGGCGCAAUGCAGCACCUCUGUCAUUGAUACCUUGCGGAGGGGAGGUUACUAUGACCCAAAGACUGGUACCAAAGAAAUACAGUUUCACAAUGUUGGUGAUGCCAUCUCUUUUGCCCAAAGCUUGAUGUCGCAGAAUGGUGAUUGUGACACUGUUGUGUAAUGCUCUGCAAUGUAUUGAUUUAUGAACAAACUUGCCUUUUUCAAUUGAUGAAAUUGAAUUUCAAAAUUAUAUAAUUGACUCGCUCUUUAAGAUCUCUAUAAUAUGAAUGGACAAUCAUCUGUUUACAGCAUAAUUGCUAUUGAAAACCAAAAAAUUUACGUGUUUUAUGUUUAUAUUUUGCAGUACUUUAAAACUAGUUAAUCCAUAACUUUUCAAUCCUUUGUGUAUCUCAGGACCUUUCUCUAGUCUUAAGGCCAGCAAAAACGCAAGAAGCGUACUGGUCUUAAAAUAGUUGUAUUAUGUACAAGAGUAUUUAAGGGUUUAAUCCCUUUUCUACAUGAACAGAAAUGUUAUGCUAGACAAGAUCUAGCUUAUAUAUUUACUUUAUAUGAUCUCCAUUCCAUUCUAGUUUGCUAUGCAUAUUCAGUCAGAAUUAUGUUAUUUAAUAUAAUUUGUGACAUUUACCCAACUUUAUGGCUAGUUGUGAAUGUUGAAAUUACCAUAAAGUCUGGAUACACAAAGAUUGUUGUUGGGUGAGUAAAAGUUGAACUCUUUCACCCAGUCACAAGAUGUUUACCUCAUUUGCACCGGAAAGUUUGCUGCUGUGCCUUGUCACUGUGAUGUUGCUAUCACAAAGUAGCUUUUGAAAAAGUGCAGCCUUCAUUUUUAUAUAUAUAUAUAUACACACACACACACACACACACACUACCGGUCAAAAGUUUUGAAACACUUAUUUUUUAUUCUAAUUUUUUUCUUCUUCACAUUUUAGAAUAAUAGUAAAGUCAUCAAAACUAUGGAAUAACAUAAAUGGAACUAUGGGAAUUAUGUUGUGACUAAACAAAAUCCAAAAUAAAUCAAAACUGUGUUAUAUUUUAGCAUCUUCAAAGUAGUCACCCUUUGCUUAGAAUUUGCAGACAUGUACUCUUGACAUUUUCUCAACCGACAUCUUGAGGUCUCAAGAGCACUUAUUGGCUGCUUUUCUUUAUUAUUUGGUCCAAGUCAUCAAUUUCAAAAACUUCAUUUUUAUUUUUAUUAAAUUUUAGUUUAAUAAUGAAAUAAAUUAAUAUGGUGGCACAAUUAUAUUUUUUGUCUACAAAACUAAUUUAAAACAUUUAAGCGUAUGCCUUCAGAUCAAAAGAUUUUUAAGAUCAUGAGAAACAUUUCAGUCAAGUGUUUCAAAACAUUUGACUGGUAGUGUGUAUAUAUAAUAUAUUUGUAUACAGUUGAAGUCAGAAAUUUACAUACACCUUGGGCAAAUACAUUUUAAACUCAAACAGUUUUUCACAAUUCCUGACAUUUAAUCAUAGGAUUAAUUCCCUGUCUUAGGUCAGUUAGGAUCACUACUUUAUUUUAAGAAUGUGAAAUGUCAGAAUAAUAAUAGAGAGAAUGAUUUCUUUCAGCUUUUAUUUCUUUCAUCAUAUUCCCAGUGGGUCAGAACAUACAGUGUUAGUAUUUAGUAGCAUUGUCUUUAAAUUGUUUAACUUGGAUCAAACGUUUUGGGUAGCCUUCCACAAGCUUCUCACAAUAAGUUGCUGAAAUUUUGACCCAUUCCUCCAGAUAGAACUUGUGUAACUGAUUCAGGUUUGUAGGCCUCCUUGCUCGCACACACUUUUUCAGUUCUGCCCACAAAUUUUCUAUCGAAUUGAGGUCAGGGCUUUGUGAUGGCCACUCCAAUACCUUGACUUUGUUUACCUUCAAGCCAUUUUGCUACAACUUUGGAGGUAUGCUCGGGGUCAUUGUCCAUUUGGAAGAUCCAUUUGCGACCGAGCUUUAAAUUCCUGGCUGAUGUUUUGAGAUGUUGCUUCAAUAUAUCCACAUCAUUUUCCUUCCUCAUGAUGCCAUCUAUUUUGUGAAGUGCACCAGUCCCUCAUAGAGCAAAGCACCCCCACAACAUGAUGCUGCCACCCCCAUGCUUCAUGGUUGGGAUGGUGUUCUUUGGCUUGCAAGCCUCACCCUUUUUCCUUCAAACAUAACGAUGGUCAUUAUGGCCAAACGGUUCAAUUUUUGUUUCAUCAGACCACAGGACAUUUCUUGAAAAAUUAAGAUUUUUGUCCUCAUGUGCACUUGCAAACUGUAGUCUGGCUUUUUGGAAAUUGCUCCCAAUGAUGAACCAGACUUGUGGAGGUCUGGUUCAUCUGAGGUCUUGGCUGAUUUCUUUUUAUUUUCCCAUGAUGUCAAGCAAAGAGGCACUGAGCCUUAAAAUACAUCCAUAGUUACACCUCCAAUUGACUCCAAUUAGCCAGUUAGAAGCUAAAUUAGGCUUGACAUAAUUUUUUGGAAUUUUCCAAGCUGCUUAAAGGCACAGUUAACUUAGUGUAUGUAAACUUCUGACCCACUGGAAUUGUGAUAUAGUCAAUUAAAAGUGAAACAAUCUGUCUGUAAAAAAAAAAUAGUUGGAAAAAUGUCUUGUGUCGCGCAUUAAGUAGAUAGAUGUCCUAAAUGACUUGCCAAAACUAUAGUUUGCUAAUAUAAAAUCUGUGGAGUGGUUAAAAAAUUAGUUUUAAUUAUUUCAACCUAAGUGUAUGUAAACUUCUGACUUCAACUGUAUGUGUGUGUGUGUUUGUGUGUAUAUAUAUAUAUAUAUAAUUUAGUAUGUAUGUAUGUAUGUGUGUGUGUGUGUGUGUGUGUGUAUAUAUAUAACCUGUCAGUCCCUGAAGUUCUGCCUAACAAUCUCCCUUUGUGUUUCAUUGAAAAAAGAAAUCAGAUUGGAAACAGCAUCUUUUUAACUAAAGGCUUUUCUCAAGGGGCAAAAUAAUAAGUUUGGUAAGGAUUUUUUUGACUCUGUAGAGUUUUAUUUUAUUUUCAUUUUUUUCAUUCUGUGUAGAGAGCAAAGAGGGCUCAGGUAGAGUUUGUAAAUGGCAUUCAUGUUUGACCGGUUGAACAGGUCUGAUGGAGUAGGAUACAUAGCAGGAUGUUCAGGAGGGAGGGAGGUGUCCAACAGUAACUGAAUAUCAUUGCUCAGAGAAAUGAAUACAGUCUGUCCUCCUGUUGGCUGAACUAGAGCAUGGUUAUGAAUACCAGUGCUGGACAUAGUGCCAGAUAUUAUUUCUGAUAGAAAGUAAGAAAAAAAUACAAUAUUAUGUGUGUAUUUGAAUAUAUUUUAUGCCUUUGUAGUGAGAAUUGGGAACUACUUGUAUUGUUAAUAUUAGCCUUCAUGGUGACUAAGGUGGAACUUCAAGGUUGAAUUUCAUAUUUAUUGAAACUUUUCUAAUAGUCUUAAGUUCAUGCUUUUUGCUUUUUCUGUGCAUCUUAAUUACUCUGUUUUAAUAUAAUAUUACUGGAAUUGUCUCAGUGGCUCUACUUUUAUGAUUGUUACAGAUGUAUUUUGUAUUCUUAAAUUAUCUACAUACAAAUUCAGUUAUUCUUAUAUCAUAAGAGUAUGACUAUAUAUUGAAUGUUUAUAAUCAUGGAUAUUGACAGGAAAACAUGGGUAUCUUUAUAUAUACUGUAAAAAUGUGACUUAGUUCUAGCACAGAAAUAUAAUUUGUCUUAUAAUAAAUACAAAAUAAACCAGUUGC